CGCGGCCCGGAGGCCCCAGAGCGUCAUGUCGGAGAGCAAGGAAUGGGCCACCCUGAGCCCCGAGGAGUUCGCCCACCUGCAGAAGUACAUUGACUACAGCAGCAGGAAGGUCCAGGACGUGCUGCAGGACUUCUAUGGAGAUGGCGCCUUGGUGCAGCACCUGCAGGGAGACUCGAUCGACUUUGAGGGCUUCAAGCUGUUUAUGAGGAGCUACCUGGAGGCCGAGGAGAUCUCGGACGCGCUCUGCCAGCACCUCUUCCUGUCCUUCCAGACCUCGCCUGGGGAGGCCCCCGGGCAGCAGCCGGGCCUCGGGGAGCAGCCAGCCAGCGGCCUCGUCUGUGUCAACGACGUCUCCUGCUACUUCUCACUGCUGGAGGGGGGGCGCCCCGAGGACAAGCUGGAGUUUACCUUUAAGCUCUACGACAAGGAUGGGAACGGGCUGCUGGACAGUUCA